AUGUCAGCCCCAAACCCCAGGAAACGGCCCGCGCCAGGAGCCGCGCCAGCGAUGGCCAUGCCUCAAACCCAGCAACCAUUUGUUAUAUCCCCUCAAGACCCAUUGCUGGGCUGGAACGCAGCACUUCCGGAUGGCAGUGGCACCUACAUCGACCCCGCCGCGAAUGUCAGCCAGUAUAUGUUGAACGCACAACCACAGUAUGCCCAAGGAUUCCAGCAGAAUCCAGCACCAACCCAGAUGUCGACAUCUACCGCGAUCGCGCGCAGGGCCCCGAAUCGAGCUCUCGUGCCCACCAGGCCUUCUUUGCCUCCCUAUGAUGGCUCUUCUAAUGCCUGGACGUUUCACACUGACGCGGACGGCGAAACCCCCUCAACCUCGAACGAGGCCGUCGAUGACAGUGACAACAUCGAGGCUUUGGAAGCAAAGGCACGGCAGGUGAAGCAAGAGGCACAGAAAUCUCGAAAAUCUAUCCCUCCCUUCGUGCAGAAACUAAGCAGUUACCUCGAGGAGCAGAAGAAUACUGAUCUGAUUCGGUGGUCCGACAAGGGCGACUCUUUCAUCGUCCUCGAUGAGGAUGAGUUUGCCAGGACCCUUAUCCCGGAACUUUUCAAGCACAACAACUACGCCUCAUUCGUGAGACAGCUCAAUAUGUACGGCUUUCAUAAGCGGGUUGGUCUUUCCGAUAAUUCCAUGAAGGCCAGCGAGCGAAAGAACAAGAGCCCGAGCGAAUAUGUCAACCCCUACUUUAGGCGGGGCCAUCCGAAUCUCCUCUGGUUGAUCAACAAGCCAAAGUCUAGUAAGAGAGGGAACCAAAGCGCCAAGAAGGAGGAGCCCCGGGAUGGCGACAGCGAAGACGAGGCAGUUGUCGAUGAGGCCGUUCCGCAGACAUACCCGCCAGCGCAGACGCCGGGACCCAGAAGCCUCCCUCCCGCAUCCGAUUUCGUUCAGUUGCACAGAGCGGACCUGGAGCGCAUCGGCAAGCAUAUUGCAUCUCUGCAAGAACAGCAGAAGACAAUGUCGGGCAUCAUUUCCAAGUUGCGCAACGAUCAUAAUGCGCUCUACCAACAGGCUGUUGCCUUCCAGACAAUGCAUGAGCGUCACGAGAACUCUAUCAACGCGAUCCUGAACUUUCUAGCAAAUGUCUUUAGGAAGUCACUAGAAGACCAGGGCGCCCAGAAUGGUGUCCAGGACCUCCUCGCCUCCAUCAUCCCCAACGCUCAAAUCCCCAAAGGCAGCGUUGUUGAUCUCGGCGACUUUAGUGAAGCGUUCCAGCAUCAGCCAUCGCCUGCGCCUAACCCGACAGCUACCCCGAGGAGGCAGCAGCGGCUCCUGCCACCUAUCCCACAGCAGGGUCGCGCCGGCAGCAACCCACCUUCAGUGCCUGGGACGACCAACCCUCAAGCUGCACCGUAUCGGACCGGCACAGUUGGGCCUACGGGCACUGUUACAGAGCUCUACGACACCCCUUCCGAAGCCCCGACGCCGGACUAUCUGAGACACGAACUCCAAUCCAACCCCCAAGAGAGCAUGAUGAAGAUCAUCAACGGAACCAAUGCAGGAUCCGCUGCAACUGCAUUCGAUCUCCCGGAAAUGGCAGCGAACACACCUGUGAACCUGACCAAUGAACAGCGAAACAAGCUGGUUGGUGUCAUGUCAGGUCAUUCGGCAGCUCCUACCCCUGCUCCUUCAGGCCAGCAGGCCCCGGUCGCGGCUCCCAUGGCAAACCACGCUCCAGCCGCUGCGUCCAACCCGGCACCAAGCACAUCUCCUAUCAACAGCCUCUCGCCGUUCCUCAAGUCGUCUAUUCCGCCGCCCUUUCCAGAGCUUCAGAAGGACUCAGAAGAGGUCGAGCAGCUACGACGUCUGUCGGCGGACCAGUCGCACAAGAUAGAGGACUUGUCGCACCUUCUUGUCUCCUACAGUCCUUCUGGCCACAUCCCUGGGCUCGAUUACGAGGGCUCGCAGGGACCGGGCUACUUUGACAUUGACCAGUUCAUCACGAAUGAUGCGUACGACAACGACGCAGCCUUCAACGGCGGCGACUUUUCCGGUGCAGACGCACAUGGCCAUCAUGCACUGGGUCCAGACGGCACCGAUUUUAAUUUCAGCCUUGACCCCGGUUACAGCAAUGCAAACUCGGUAGGGAACCUGCCUGUUCCAGGAACCACUGAGCCUCACAGCUCUGCCAACACUCCGAGCCCGGCGGGGACCGAAGAGAUCCCACGCCAUGAUCUGGACCAGUCGCCCGUCUCCAACUCGAAGCGGCGCCGCGUCUCGUAG